AGAACCACCCGCGGUGGGUGAGAAGGGAAUUUAAUUUAAUAUAUGAUUUUCACUAGAAUGUUUAAAAGUUCUUUGUUAUCUCAUUUUUAAUACCUACUUCUUCUCUAUUUUGCCGGAAUAGUCAAAUAAUCAAACAUAAACAUUAAAUUGUAUCAGUCUGCGUGACAUCGAUUGUUUUCUAUUGUUUCCAAUUCAAUUGCCAAAUGAAUCCGUUUCUUCAGGCUUUCUUGUUGCAGCGCUGUAAUUGGCCAGACAGUACCCCUCCGCGCCGCUUGGUGGCGGCAGAGCGCCAUCAGGUUCACUGUUCAGCAGAAGAGGAAGCAGCAGAACCAACGGGUUGGAGCUGCUGUUAGCAGACAGUUAGCUCAGCUUUGCGUUUAGUUUUGCGUCUUCUGCAGCACAAAUGGCGGCUCUUCGCGGCUUCAGGGAGUUUCUGACGCAGCGGCUGGCGGCGGCCGGGGAGGAAGUGCUUUCUGCGUGUGAGGACACGGUGGUUCGGUGCGAGGAGCGGAGCCGCCUGCAGCAGAGGAUGAUCCAUGUGAUGAAGUCCGAGUUUGAUGCGCACAGAGCAGACCUCCGGAAACAACGUGACGUUAAAGAAGAAGAAGAAGAAGAGAAGUUUGUGCCUGAUGAGCAGCUUUCUAACGAGGAGAGGAGUUCCACUUCUGACCAGAAGAUUAAGAAAGAGGAGGAGGAUUAUCCAGAGGCUACACCCAUUAAGGAGGAAGACCAGGAAGAGCCCUGCACCAGCAAACGGGGACAGCAGGUACAGCUGAAGAGUGCGGAGAGUCAAUCUGCUCCAGACUCUCUGAAACCCGACGCCUCCGGCAAGAAGAACCUCUGCAGGGCGAAGGCGAGCUUCUGCGACAUUUGUGGCCAGGAUCUGUCGAAGCUCGCUUUGGAUCGCCACCUGAGGACUCACACGGGCAGGAAGCCGCUUUCCUGCAAAAGCUGCGGACAAAUCUUCCGGCUGCGUCUGUCGCUGCAAGUCCACAUGAGAACCCACGUCGGGACGAAGGCGCACGCUUGCAAGACCUGCGGGAAAAGGUUCACACGAAGCGACCAUCUUAAACUCCACGCGAGAACCCACGGCGACAAGAAGCUGUACCUCUGCAACGUCUGUGGAAGAAGCGUCGCCGACCCGUCGGCUUUCAGGAGGCACAUGACCAUCCACACGGACGAGAAACCGCACUCCUGCAAAAUCUGCGGUCAGAAGUUCAAACACAGCAACACCCUGCUGCCACCGGAGGGCGCACUCGGGCGAGCGGCCGUACGUCUGCCGCUUGUGCGGCAGCAAGUUCGUCAACGCCUCCAAGCUGAACCGACACACGAUGACGCACACGGGCGACAAGCCUCACGCCUGCGAGCACUGCGGGAAGAGAUUCAUCCGCCUGCACCAGAUGAAGGACCACGUGAGGAGGCACACCGGAGAAACCGUUCCACUGCGACACGUGUGGGAAAAAAUUCAUCAGCGGCACUGAACUGAGAGCUCACACCAAAACCCACACGGGCGAGACAUCGCAGCCGUAGACAAGCUGCGCUCGCUUUGUUGAGAAGGUUUGGAUCGGAAACACAAAACUUUGGGCCAAAGUCAUCAUGGAAACACGUUUCUUUGUUUUCACCACCAGUAAAACGGCUGAUCUGAUGGUUUAUAGCCUGGAAGUAAGUCUUUAUAAAGAAUCAUUAACACAAUAAUCCUCUAUUAAUGAGAUUCAUGUACAGAUUUAAUGAACUGUUAUGGGUUUUCUUCAUUUUUCUCUGUAGUUUAUUUUUUCCAACUUUUUGUCUAAGUUUAUAUUUACAUAUAAUUAAUUAAAAUGUUUUUUUUUUUUUUACUGAAGUCAUCCAGGAGAUAUUUGUAAACAAACAUUCUCACUUCCAUUAUUAUGAAAUCAUGUGAACUAAAUAAUCUAACAUUUAUGUCUUCAAUGUUUGAAAUGAUUUCUGGUGAAUUUUGACAUUUACUUUGGGAAUUACAGGAAUCUAUUUCCUGUAUAUUA